UCAGACGAAGAGAGGCUGGGUGGUGGAUUGUUCUGUUUUCGGUUUUAUAAUUUUGCGAUAUUUGGUCUUAAACUGACCAUAUUUGGCCAUAUAUAUACCCGUACAAAUAUAAUCUUUCGAUAAAAGAGUCUUUGCGUUUUGUCAGUAGUUCGUACUUCAGGGAACAGCAUGAUGAUAUAAUCUUUGUGGAUCGUCAGACUAGUAGCUAGCUAAAAUUUUAGGCCGAAAAUCAGAAAUCAGUUUUGGGAAAUUCAAGACUUGUUAUUUGAUCACAAUGGUUCUUCAAAACAGUGGAAGAUAUAAGGCGAAUCGGGAGCAUGCAGGAGACCCCGAUCAGCAGGAAGAUGCACCCAGUCUGUCUGCUGUAAAACGCUUGGAGCGCAGCCAGUUCACAGAUGAGAUGGACAGCCGCUUUGGGUUCGAGAGGAUGAAGGAGCCAGGGGAGAAGACAGGCUGGCUGAUCAACAUGCAUCCAACAGAAAUCUUGGAUGAUGAUAAGCAAAUGGUUAGUGCUGUGGACUAUUAUUUCAUUCAGGAGGAUGGUAGCAGAUUCAAGGUGGCACUCCCCUUCAGACCCUAUUUUUAUAUAGCCACUAAACAGAACUGCGAGAGAGAAGUUACGUCCUUCCUGUCCAAGAAGUUUCAGGGGAAGGUUGCAAAACUGGAGAUGGUCUUGAAAGAAGAUUUGGAUCUGCCAAAUCACUUGGUGGGUCUGAAAAGAAACUACAUCAAGCUUUCCUUCAACACUGUGGAUGACCUCAUCAAAGUUAAGCGCGAAAUCUCACCGGUGGUAUGCAAGAAUCGUGAGAAGGAGAAGUGCAACGAUGCCUACACUGUAAUGCUAACAAGUGUCUUGUCUGGUGGAAAUGUUGUGGCGGCAGAUGAGGACGGAAUGUCCAAAAAGCUUGCAGACCAGAUGGAUAACAUCGUGGACAUGCGAGAAUAUGAUGUACCAUACCAUGUCCGUUUGUCGAUUGACCUCAAAAUUCAUGUGGCUCACUGGUACAACGUGCGCUAUCGAGGCAGUGUCUUUCCUCCCGAAAUUGUGCAGAGAGAUGAUCUUGUAGAGAGACCAGAUCCGGUGGUGCUUGCCUUCGACAUAGAGACCACCAAGCUGCCUCUGAAGUUCCCCGAUGCGGAGACUGAUCAGAUCAUGAUGAUCUCUUAUAUGAUCGAUGGUCAGGGAUACCUGAUCACAAACAGGGAGAUUGUCUCUGAAGAUAUUGAAGAUUUUGAAUUCACCCCAAAACCGGAGUAUGAAGGGCCCUUCUCUGUGUUCAAUGAACCAGAUGAGGCCUCUCUCAUCCAGAGGUGGUUUGAACACAUCCAUGAGAUCAAGCCAAAUAUUUUUGUUACGUACAACGGUGAUUUCUUUGACUGGCCCUUUGUGGAGGCCCGGGCAGCCCACCAUGGGCUGAGCAUGCACCAGGAAAUUGGGUUCCAGAAGGACAGUCAGGGGGAGUACAAGGCGAGCCAGGCCAUGCAUAUGGACUGCCUGAGGUGGGUGAAACGUGACAGCUACCUGCCUGUUGGGAGCCACAACUUGAAAGCAGCAGCCAAGGCCAAGCUGGGUUACGACCCUGUGGAGCUGGACCCUGAGGAGAUGUGCCGCAUGGCAACCGAGGAACCACAGGCUCUUGCCACCUACUCUGUGUCAGAUGCAGUGGCCACAUACUACCUGUACAUGAAGUAUGUUCACCCCUUCAUCUUUGCACUGUGCACCAUCAUUCCCAUGGAGCCAGAUGAGGUGUUGCGGAAGGGCUCUGGGACGCUGUGUGAGGCUCUGCUCAUGGUGCAAGCUUUCCAUGGCAAUAUUGUGUUCCCCAACAAGCAAGAACAGGUUUUCAACAAGCUUACCAACGAUGGCCAUGUGCUUGAUUCUGAGACCUACGUGGGGGGCCAUGUUGAAGCGCUGGAGUCUGGGGUCUUCCGCAGCGACAUCCCAUGUCGUUUUAAGAUGAAUCCAGCAGCAUUCGACUUCCUGCUGCACAGAGUAGAGCGAACCUUGCAUCAUGCCAUAGAGGAGGAGGAGAAGAUUCCCCUUGAGCAGGUCCUCAAUUUCAAAGAGGUGUGUGAGGAAAUAAAAAAGAAGCUGAUCUCCCUGAAAGAGGUGCCAAACAGGAUAGAGUGUCCGCUCAUUUAUCACCUUGAUGUUGGGGCCAUGUAUCCCAACAUCAUCCUCACUAACCGUUUGCAGCCAUCGGCCAUGGUGGAUGAGGCCACUUGCGCUGCCUGUGACUUCAACAAACCAGGAGCCAACUGCCAGAGGAAGAUGACUUGGCUGUGGAGAGGCGAAGUCAUGCCAGCUACCCGCAGUGAAUUCCACCGCAUCCAGCAGCAACUGGAGUCUGAGAAGUUCCCCUCCCUGAUCCCCAGUGGCCAGCCACGUGCCUUCCAUGAGUUGAUCCGUGAGGAGCAGGCACGCCAUGAGAAGAAACGGCUCAGCGACUACUGUAGGAAAGCCUACAAGAAAGUGCACCUGACAAGGCUUGAGGAGCGUGUCACCACCAUCUGCCAGAGGGAGAACUCCUUUUAUGUGGACACUGUACGGGCCUUUCGAGAUCGCCGCUACGAGUUUAAAGGGCUGCACAAGGUGUGGAAGAAGAAGCUGGCAGCUGCUCAAGACAGUGGUGAUGCAGCAGAAGUGAAACGUUGCAAAAACAUGGAAAUCUUGUAUGAGUCUUUACAGCUGGCCCAUAAGUGCAUCCUCAAUUCUUUCUAUGGAUAUGUCAUGCGAAAGGGGGCACGUUGGUACUCCAUGGAGAUGGCUGGGAUUGUUUGCUACACUGGUGCCAACAUCAUCACGCAAGCCAGGGAGCUUAUAGAGCAAAUUGGGAGGCCUCUUGAGUUGGACACAGAUGGUAUCUGGUGUGUUCUCCCAAACACCUUUCCUGAAAAUUUUGUCAUCAAAUCCAGUAAUGAGAAAAAGCCAAAGGUGACCAUCUCAUAUCCCGGUGCUAUGCUCAACAUUAUGGUGAAGGAAGGAUUCACCAACCACCAGUACCAGGAGCUGGUGGACCCUGCAACCUUAUCCUAUGAAACACGAUCUGAAAAUAGUAUCUUUUUUGAGGUGGAUGGGCCCUACCUGGCCAUGAUCCUACCAGCAUCCAAAGAGGAGGGCAAGAAACUUAAAAAGAGGUAUGCCGUGUUCAAUGAAGAUGGCUCUCUUGCUGAACUGAAGGGCUUUGAGGUGAAGCGGCGAGGAGAGUUACAGCUCAUCAAAAUCUUCCAGUCCUCAGUGUUCGAGGCUUUCCUUAAGGGCACCACACUGGAGGAGGUCUACGCUUCUGUAGCGAAAGUGGCUGACUACUGGCUGGAUGUACUCUACAGCAAGGCUGCCAACAUGCCGGAUACAGAGCUGUUUGAGCUGAUCUCUGAGAACCGUUCCAUGUCCCGCAAGCUGGAGGACUACGGCGAGCAAAAGUCUACCUCCAUCAGCACAGCCAAGCGCCUGGCUGAGUUCUUAGGUGACCAAAUGGUGAAAGACGCUGGUCUAAGCUGCCGCUACGUCAUCUCCCGCAAACCUGAGGGCUCCCCUGUUACUGAGAGGGCCAUCCCACUUGCCAUCUUCCAGGCUGAGCCCAGUAUAAGGAAACACUUUCUGCGCAAAUGGCUCAAGAUGCCCAGCCUCCACGACUUAGACAUCCGCUCUAUACUGGAUUGGAACUAUUACAUUGAACGGCUAGGGAGUGCCAUACAGAAAAUCAUCACCAUUCCCGCAGCCCUGCAGCAGGUGAAGAACCCAGUGCCAAGGGUCCGUCACCCUGACUGGUUGCACAAGAAGCUGCUGGAAAAGAACGACAUCUACAAACAGAAGAAGAUCAGUGAACUCUUCACCAGUGAGGGCAGGAGACAGGUGACCUCCCACCAGCCAGCCCUUAAUGGUAGUCAGUCUUCAGAAUCUGGGGAGGUGCCGGACAUGGAGGACUUUGGUAUGCCGCGGCACCCCCUGCAACCUGCCAUUCUCAUCAGCACUAAACGCAAGAGAGCAUCCCAGGGUGGGGAACACGAGGUGGAGUCACAAGAGCUGGAGCUCACGCAGUCAUGGAGGGAGAUCCUUGGCCCGCCACCACCCUCUGGAAAAACAAAGGAAGAGCGCCUGGUGUGGCUACGCUACCACAAAAAGAAGUGGGAGCUACAGCUGCGCCAGCGACGACAGCAUCGCAAGAAACGGCGUCUGACCGAUGGUGGGGCUGUGCCCGCAGGGGGUAGGGUGAUCCGGGGAGGCACUGGCACCACUGAUCUAGGAAACUUUCUGCGUCGGACAGCCCGCAGUAUCCUUGACCUUCCCUGGCAGAUGACAAAAUUUGUGCAGAUUGCAGAGACGAGUCAUCCAGGCCUGUUCAAGCUCUGGGCUGUAAUUGGCAAUGACCUGCACUGCAUGAAGCUCAACAUUCGCCGUGUCUUCUAUGUGAACCAGAGGGUUCCCAAACAAGAGGAAGGAGCCAACUACAAGAAGGUCAGUCGAAUGCUGCCUCGUUCCAACAUAGUUUAUUACCUGUAUCAGUACACAGUACCUGAGGAUAUGUACCAGGAGCACAUCAACGAGAUCAAUGCUGACCUCGCUGUCCCCGAUAUAGAAGGUGUUUACGAGACACAGGUUCCUCUCCUGUUCCGCGCACUUGUGCAGCUGGGUUGCUUGUGCAUGGUCAACAAACAGGUGGUCCGCAGCCUAGGUGGCCGUGAGACAGACACUUUCGACCUAGAACAUCUGGAGAUGAGGUCCCUAGCUCAGUUUGGUUAUCUGGAGCCUGGUAGUGUGCGCCAUAUUUUCCUGUACCACCACAGCCAGGGUCACAAAGCCCUGUUUGGUCUCUUCUUCCCAUCCCAGCGCAAGGCCAGCAUCUUUGUUCUGGACACGGUCCGCAGUAACCAGAUGCCCAACCUGAGCGCCCUGUACGAGGCUGAGCGCACUGCCCUACUGGAGAAGACCAGUGAUGAUCUCCUCCCUCCGGAGAAACACACAUUCGAAGUGCGAGCGGAAAAUGACGCCAAGGCUGUGGACCGUGCCUUACAGCGUCUGCUGCUCAACUACAAGGAAGAGCGCCGGGGUCCCACCCUGAUCGCUGUGCAGUCCAACUGGGAUUUCCGCCGUUUGGCAACAGGAAUGCCAGUUCUGGAAGAAUUCCCAGUAGUGUCAGUACAUGUGGUGGAUGACAUCAGCUACAGUGUACUGGACUGGCAGCGCCAUGGUGCACGGCGCAUGAUUCGACAUUACCUUAACCUGGACAGCUGCCUGUCCCAGGCAUUCGACAUGGCCAGGUACUACCAUUUGCCUGUGGGGAACCUCCCUGAGGACAUUUCCAUCUUCAGCUCUGACCUGUUCUUUGCUCGACACCUGCACAAGCACAACCACCUGCUGUGGCUGUCACCAACAGCACGGCCCGACCUGGGAGGCAAAGAGGCCGAUGACAGCCGCCUAAUCAUGGAGACUGAGGAUCGGGGCACUGUGGAGAUCAACACACCAGGCUGUUACUCCGCAGUGUGUGUGGAGCUGGACCUCCAGAGCCUUGCCGUCAACACCAUCCUGCAGUCCCAGCACGUCAAUGACAUGGAGGGCGGCGCUAGCCUGGGUGUCAGCUUUGACGUCCUUCAGCAGGCCUCCUUAGAAGACAUGAUGUCAGGAAACCAGGGUUCCCCUGCAGUUGCCAGCUAUGAUGAGACAGCGCUCUGCUCCAGCACUUUCAGGAUUCUAAAGAGCAUGGUGGUAGGCUGGGUGAAGGAGAUUACGCAGUACCACAACGUGUAUGCGGACAACCAGGUGAUGCACUUCUACCGCUGGCUGUGCUCGCCUAGCUCGCUGCUGUACGAUCCGGCACUGCACCGCACACUGCACACCAUGAUGAAGAAGGUCUUUCUGCAAUUAGUUGCAGAGUUCAAACGUCUGGGCUCCUCUGUAAUCUAUGGGAACUUCAAUAGGAUCCUGUUGUCCACCAAGAAGCGGCGACUGGAUGAUGCUCUUGCCUACGUGGAAUACAUCACCAACAGCAUCCACUCAAAGGAGAUUUUCCACUCGUUGUCCAUCUCUUUCUCACGAUGCUGGGAGUUUCUGCUGUGGAUGGAUCUGACCAACUACGGAGGGGUGAAGGGCAAACUUCCUUCCAGCAUUCUGUACCAAGAGGAUGGAAAGGUGCAGAAAAAGCUUAGAGACAAGGAGGGAGCAGAAGACUACAGUGAUGAUGAAAAUGAAGAGGAGGAUGCUGAGCCAGGAGGAGAGGAUGACAUAGAGAGCGAUGUGGAGGACCUAAUUGAGAGUAACUGGAAUAUUAUGCAGUAUCUUCCCCAGACAGCCUCUUGUCAGAAGUACUUUCUGAUGAUCAUCUCAGCUUACAUCGCAGCUGUCUAUCAUAGCAUGAAGGAGGAACUGCAACGCAAUGCCCCUGGGGCCACACCCAUUAAAAAGAGGGGGGUGAGCGAAGCCUCACAGCAAGCAAUGGGAGACACCAACGCCUUGCCUGGUAUGAUCACCUUUUCCCAGGAGUAUGUGUCAAGUGAACUGACACAGAAUGUCUUCACCAUCACUCAGAAGAUUCAGAAGAAGGUGACAGGCAGCAGGAGUGGCACGCUGCUGUCGGCUAUGUUCCCCAGCCUGCCUGGUUCCCAUCUGCCCCUCAACAACCCUGCACUGGAGUUCAUCAAAUAUGUCUGCCAGGUAUUGUCCUUGGAUGCCAACAUCACCAAUCAGGUGAACAAGCUCAAGAGGAACCUUUUGCGUCUAGUAGAUGUGGGCGAGUUCUCUGAAGAGGCCCAGUUUCAUGACCCUUGCAAGUCCUUUGUCCUCCCAGAAGUCAUCUGCCGCCACUGUAACUUCUGCCGGGACUUAGAUCUUUGCAAGGAUCCUUCUGUAGCACCGGAUGGCUCAGUCCUCCCCCAGUGGUUCUGCUCCAACUGUCAGGCACAGUACGAGACAGAGGCCAUCGAGAUGACAUUGGUGGAGUGUCUUCAGAAGAAGCUUAUGGCGUAUACUUUGCAGGACUUGGUUUGUGUGAAAUGCAAAGGUGUGAAGGAAGCCAACAUGCCCAUCUACUGCAGCUGCGCGGGAGACUUCACGCUCACGUUCUCCACCAAGAGCUUCUGGGAACAAAUCGGAGUGUUCCAGAACAUCGCAGCCCACUACAGUAUGCACUUCCUGCAGGAGACCAUCGACUGGCUGCUCCACAUAAGUCCAGAGCUGACCAAAAAGAUGUAGACACAAGUGUCCUCCUGACUUCCUGCCAAAGAGGCAUGUGGAUUCUUAUAGCAAGGAGCUUUUACUGUUCUGGUGAGAAAUUGAACGUCCCAACAUAACUGAAGGCUGUUGAUGAUUGCAGUGGGUUCCUUCUUGCUGGCCAUCCUUCAAGUGUGGAGGAUCUGUGAACAUUUUUUCUUUAAAACUCAGAUAUAAGAACAGCGAUACACUUUUUUUCAGCAUCAGAAAAGAACUUUGGUGCUUUGUAAAUACACAACUGGAAAAGCUUGCAUUUUGGGGCAAGAUGGUCAGGGUUUAAAAAAUUGGGAUAUGGAUGUGUUUGCAACAAAGUUACAAUGAAUGAUGUUUUGUCUGUCUUUGUACUGAAAUUAAUAAAUAUA